AUGAAUGAAUUACCCACGGAGCUCCACUAUCAGAUCUGUGGAUACCUACGCGAUGGCGUGAAAUUUCCAUCAACUAUUGAAGGCAACAUUUCCCUUACGAGAAAUGCUAGCAAGCAUCUCACAGCUCUCUUCAACCUUGGACUUACUAGUCACUACUAUCACGCCAUCGCUAUGCCGAUGGUUCAAGACGGAUUAUUCGGCUUCUUGAGGUGUGUGCUGUCAAAAAACCGACGCCUGCCGUGUGUUGAGAGCUUUCCUGAGAGCAACAACGUGGCGAUGCAAGUCAAACGCCUUUACACCUAUACUCUCUGGAUUUGUACACUACCCUCCAACUUCCGGAGUCUUGUCAUGCGUAAUACCUUACCAUUGGAGGAGGAGAUUAGACUACCCUAUGACGCGCACUUCGGAUCGCCAGAUGGCUACUUUCGCCGACUGCUUGUACAUGGAGAUGCGAAGAUUGACCCAAUCCCAUUCAACUUGCUCAAGGCUCCAUAUCAUCGCCAAUUUGGCCGUCGUGCUCGGAUAUUCGACUCAUUAGGUACAAAGGAAAAGGUUCUGGGACGACGACCAGGGAGUCUGAGCUUGGACGGGUUAAAAGAAAAUGCAGCUCUCGAUGGUACAGUUCAGGGUCUCUACUACGGCGAGGCUCCGGCGCUCAUGUGCUUGCUCAGAGCGUUUGAUCCUUCCGCUGUGAAGCUGUCCUUUGAUCGGGUUUCGCCUCAAGAGGUUGUGAUGGAGCUGGUGAUUUAG